AGGGAACCAGCGCGGGGGAAGAGAGACGGGGCGAGGCGCGGCAGCGCGGUCGCCACCGCCGCCGCCGCGCCUCAGUAGGGUGAGAGCCGUCAUAAGAGGAGGUCUUUAUCAUGCGUUAUGUCGGCCCACGCCGCAAAUUCGCGGCUGGCCAAUAGCUUUCCCGUAAUAACUCACACUACUAACCGGUCUCCGCCUAUAGAGACCGGCAAUGUAGCGGACGCCAGUGUGUACGGUGGAAAACGAGAUGUGAGUGGCGGUGUGGGGCCGAGUCCACGCGAGGCCUCGGCAGCGCCAGGCGGCGGCGGCGGCGCCAGAUCCAACGGCGCGCCGCCCCCCGCCAGUGCCAAAAGUGCGAGUGGUGUCAGUGCCAGUGAAUACACAGUGAGUAAAACCGGCCAUGCAAACGGAACCAGUGGCCCGACGCCCCCCGGCGGCGCCUCGGGGGGGCGGGAGGGCGAGGGAGUGAGCGGCGGGGCGCGAGGCGUGGGGAUGGGGGGCGGCGCCUCCCCCGCCACCCCCCGCCGCGGCGAGGGCGGCAGGCAGAGCAGGAUGGAUGCCGCCAACUUCAGGCUCAGGGUGCGGAAGGGCGGCGGCGAGGGCGUCACCAAGAAGGGACCCAUGGUGGCAAAGCAUCCCUCCUCCACCUCCGCCUCGUCCACCUCCACCACCUCCCCCUCCUGCCCCUCCACCGCGGCCUGCACCUCCACCACCACCACCACCUCCAACACAGUGACCAUCGGCGGAAAAGAGGUGAGGUCCCCCGUGGGCCCUGGACCCCCAGGGCUGGGGAGUCACCGGCGGCGGCCUGGCUCUCCCGACCCCCGGGCGCACGCCAGAACGCGAGCCGCCCCCCGGGACUCCCCCAGGACCUCCCCGAAGACCUCCCCGCGCUCCUCACCCAAGUCUUCCCCCGUGAGGCAACUGCACAGAGAGCGGUCGGUCAGCCCGCGGCGGUACGUGCCUCGGGGCAUGGGCGGGCGUGGCCCCGGCACGCGGGUCACGCCCUCGCCCCCCGCCAAGCGCGCCACGCCGCCCACCUCCCCCAGGGUGCGGCGGCAGCGGUCCCCCUCCAACGGGACGCCCCGCAGGAACCCGUCCCCCAAGCUGGCCGACGGCGGGGGUGCCAAGGCCCGCCAGAAGCGCGGCGUGUCCCCCAGCGCCGCCCCCAGCCCGGCCCCCGCCCCGCUGCGCUCCCCCUCCACGCCGCCGGGCUCCCUCACCCCCGCCUCCCGCAGGCCGCCCUCGCCCACCUCGACCAUCGCCGCCGCCGCUGCCGUGGUGGCCGCUGCCGCCAACAGCAUGAGUGGCGCCGCGCGGCCCCCGUCCCCCGGGGCGCGGCGUGCCCCGUCCCCCACAGGCAGCCAGCGGCCACCCUCCCCGGGGUCCUGGCGUCCCCCCUCCCCGCGGGGCACGUCCCCCCGGGGCCGUGGUGCCUCCCCGGGGUCGCGGGGGCCGCCCAUCAGCGAGGAGGCGCUGCGGGCGCGGGUGCGGCGGGCCCUCAAGGCGCGGCUCUACCUCCUGCACCAGCCGGGGCCAAACUCCUUCACCGUGGGCGGCGACUCGCCCACUCACAAGUACAAAGUCAUCAUCGGACCGCAGACGUGUUCGUGCGGCCACGGUCCGUACUGCGUUCACGUGCUGUUCGUGAUGGUACGGGUGCUGCAGCUGGCCGAGGCGGACCCCCUGCUGAUGGCCGGCACACUCAAGGACUACGAGAUCGAACAGCUGAUGGGGGGUUACCAGGAGAGGAUGAAGAAGGCAGCAAGGGUGAGGGAGAGGCGCCAGGGAGGGGGCAGCGGGGGUGUUUGUGGGGCUGUGAUGGGGGGCAAGGGAGGGGGACGACUCAGCCCCUCCAACACCCCCUCUGGCAACACCUCCGCCCACACAGAUGCCUCCAGCGGGGAGGAGGAGUCACAAUGCCCCAUAUGCCUGAUGUGCAUGGUGGAAGGUGAGAGCUUGGUGGCAUGCGAGGCGGGAUGCAGGAACCAGCUCCACCACCACUGCAUGGCUGUCUGGGCGGCCGACAGACACGCCCAGGGCCAGCCACUCCUCUGCCCCCUCUGCCGUGCCCCCUGGCCCCUCAAGCACCACCCCCGCCUCGCCCCAGCACCCCCACACACAGCCCCCCGCCCGCCCCCCACUACCUCACUCAGCCCCCCGUCACCAGCUCCUGCAUCCUCUUCUUCCGCUGCCACCCCCGUCGUCACAUCGUCACAAGAGUUUACGUAUCCUGUGAUGAGUGCGAGUUUUUCGGGCGUGUGCAGCGGCCGCCAUAGUCCAGCGGGCACCCCCUCCCUCAUGUCUCGCUCCCUCACCUCCGCCUACCCCUCUGCCUCCACCCACUUGCCCUACCCCUCCUCCCUUUCGCCCUACACUGACUCCGCCUACUCCUCGCCUGGCGGGGGGAUGGUCUACCCACCCACUGUCAGAGGGGAAGUGUCUGCUGCUGCUGUGGUGAGUGCCUCUGAGGAGGCCGUGCCGCUGCCCCGCAGUGAGCCCAUCCCUGCCGAGCACGAGUCAACGGCAGCCAACUGGGUGCACGUGUUCGGCAAGGAGCUGGUGGCCUGCCUCUUCUCCAGGGACUGGGCUGUCAGGGAGACGGGCCUGCGCAGGCUGGCACACGAGGUGGUGAAGGUGCUGCACUGGGACCGACUGGUGACAGGUGAGGAGAAGAGGCGGCUGGUGGUGCACUGCUGUGCCAACAUUCUGGCCCAGGUGGCCAAUGACCCCGUGUACAAGGUGUACCUGGCCUGCCUGCGCUGCCUCAGGGUGCUGCUGGCCCACCUCAACCCCUCGCCCGGCAGCCAGGUGACGGCGCUGCAGGAACUGUUCCGGCCGCUGGUGCACACACUGCUGCUCAAGUGUGCUGACGGGAACAGGCGCACCUCACAGAUCAGUGUGGAUAGCAUCCUGGAGCUGUGCCGCGGCCAGGACGGCGAGCUGGCCCUGGCCACGCAGAUGUCCUCAUCCACUCCGGGCCUCGGCGGCAUCUCCUUCGUGCUGUCCUGCAUCCUGGAGGACUCACCACCCUCGGAGCAGCCGUGGCAGUGGCUGCUGGGCCGCCUGUGUGUGCUGGACCGCCUGGUGGAUGAGUUCCCCUCAGAGUUCCAGCUGCAGUAUGUGCCGCUGCAGCCCACGGCAGAGUCCGGCUAUAAGCUGGAGCACUACGACCGCCUCAUGACUGUGGUGGAGUUUGCCUUCAAGGCGCUGGGCAGCAGCCACGCCACCGUCAGCAAGCUGGCGCGCCGCGUCUACAUCUGUGGCGCCAGGUUCGCCGCAGCUGAGCCCGCCGUAUUCCAUCAGGUGUGCGACAUGCUGGCCAAGCUGGAUGUGUCGCUGCAGAUGCGGCUCAAGCGCCGCCUGCGCUCCAUGCAGGGCCAGCACAGCGACCGCAAGCUGACCUCGGCGCGUCUGGAGGGCAAGCUCAGUCUGGGCACCUGGGACCUGGCGGACGCUGCAGGGCCCCGUCUUGUACGCUCCGUCUCCCACUCCCCCUCCAGGAUGCUCUCCGCCCUCAGGUCCUCCUCACAGUCCCCAGCCCGCCAGCCGCUGCUCGCCGCUGCCGCCAAGAAGGAUGCCGAGCGCGCCGCCAAGGUGGCGCCGGGGCCCAACGCCUCACCGCCACGGCCCACACACCUGCCGCUGGACUGCUUCGAGGUCAAGUUCAAGGAGAAGCAGGCCAAGCUGCGGCUUUACCACAAGACACGGCCCAAGCACGACGUGCCCUUCAUUGUGCAGAACGUGCUGGUGUCACCCAUGCAGCAGCAGCGGCAGCAGCAGCGGUGGAGCUCUGUCAAGAUGGCUGGCGUGCUGCACAAGGGCGGGCUGUCCCAGAGCCAGGGCGAUGCGCUCGACGUGUCCCCCCAGACACCCCUCGCCUCUGUGGCGCCCCCAAAGUUCUCCUUCAAGGAUGUAGUCAGCACCCCCACCACCCCCUCUGCCCCCCACUGCACCCCUGUCAGGGAGGCUCACGCCCUUCACCCGCCCUGGGAGCCCUACGAGGUGCCACUCCCAGUGAUACCUGGCUUGGACCUGCUGCCUGCCCACCUCGACGAUGCCUUACACCCUUAUGAACAGAAUGUGGAGGGUGGACAAUACGAGGAGGGACGGGACUGGCUACGCGGGCCACUGCUGGGCACGGGGGCGUUCUCCUCCUGCUACCAGGCGAGGGACGUGCGGACGGGGACACUGAUGGCCGUCAAGCAGGUGUCCUUCUGCCGCAACAGCGAGGAGGAGCAGGAGCGCGUGGAGGCGUCAGUGGAGGAGGAAAUACUGAUCAUGUCCCGCCUUCGCCACGUCAACAUCGUCCGCCUGCUGGGAGCCUCUCGUCACUCCACCUCGUUCUCGGUCUUCACAGAGUGGAUGGCCGGCGGGUCUGUGGCCACAAUGCUGGACAAAUACGGCAUCUUUUCCGAGCAGGUCAUCCUCAAGUACACGAGGCAAGUGGUGUCCGGCCUGGCGUACCUCCACGAUAACAAUAUUCUGCACCGAGACCUUAAAGGUGCAAAUCUCCUCGUGGACAGCAGCGGACAGUGGCUGAGGAUUGCUGACUUUGGGACGGCAGCGAGGAUGGCCAGCAAGUCCACAGUGACCGGGGAGUUCCAGGGCCAGCUGCACGGGACCAUCGCCUUCAUGGCCCCGGAAGUAUUGCGCGGCGAGGACUACGGCCGCUCCUGUGACGUGUGGAGUGUGGGGUGUUGCGUCAUUGAGAUGGCCACCACCAAGCCACCCUGGGGAGCUGACUACGUGUCCAACCAGCUGAAGCUUAUGUACAAGAUUGCCACCAGCAGUGGGCCGCCCCCAGUGCCGGACACGCUGUCAGCAGAUACUCGGGACUUGGCGCUGCGCUGCCUCGAGAUCACCAGUGAGAAGCGCCCCCCCGCCAAGGAGCUGAUCCACCACCAGUGCUUCAAGACGCAGCCACCAUGACUGCCUCCCCCCUGUGCCUCGCCCCUCGCACACAUGCCUGCCAACAGACCUAACAAGUAGAGAAAUGGAAUUGGACUUCAGUAGACUCUUGAGUAAAUUGGUUCACUCUUUGACUUAGAAAUCUUGUGUGAAUAAUUCGUUUUGUCUAUAUAUUUCCAAAUUAAAAUCGUAGUUUUAGCUUGAAACAAAAUCUAGUAGGUAAUUGUUUUAUCUUAGGCAUUUUCAAAAUUUAAAUUUAUGUGCAUAAUUUUAGCUCUACAACAAAUGGUUAAUUUAUGAAGUUGUGAAGAAGACACUGUCUCCCAAGGCAGGAGCCAAACAGUCUGACGUGUGACGCCAAUCCCCGAGGGUGGCGGUCACGGCCAAAGUGCCUCCAGCUGAAGCUUGUCGGCUUGUUAAAUUAUUUUUCAGCAUAAUGCUAGAGGAACCAGUGCUGUCUUGUGUGUCUGACCUCCUGUCCUAAAAGCCAAUAGUACAAAUUUUUUCACUAGGUUACUCUCAGUAUCACUUUUAUUUUUAUUUAUUUAGGGAGUUCCUCUCAAGCUAAUUAUUAUUUGUCAGAUAUGAACUGGCAUCUCCUGUAUUGUUUUGUGAGGGAUGCGCAGCUCCUGGUGUGUGCCAGGACUGUACACACGAGUGAGGUGACAGCCAGCCUCCUUCAGGGACACACAACACUCACAACUUAACCAUUUUGGUGGAGAGAGAGAGAGAGGGAGGGAGAGCCUCAGAUCACCACGAGGCUGUGUAGCAUUAGUGUGAGGCGCAGGAGGUCCCCACCACCACACAGCACCACACCCAUCACAGGGGAGUGUGAGGGUGUUUCCACAUCACCGUAGCAGCCCUCACUUGCCAUGCCCACUAUUUAUGGUCAGAACACAAGCUUGGUGGUGCUGUGUUGGGCGUAAGGGGUCCAGAACGUUGCUGUACAGACCAGCGCAUGCCUGACCAUGUGUGUGGGUGACCGGGCUGAGUGGCACAGUCAGUAGGCGAGGAACACAUGCCUUUGCUAGGGUGCCACUUAGCUAGGUAAUAGGAGGUGCCAAUCAUAAAUGUAUGGUCCAGCAGUAGAACACCCAAGUUGUGUGGGUGACAUCAACACUUCUGCCACCACAGCACCCACUAACCACAGAUGUUUGUUUCCUCCACCUCUUUGUGUCCCUGGUAUGGCCGACACACCCACACACUCUGCACACACCUCACAAGUGUCCAGGGGUGUGGUGGGGGUGGGGGGGUGUCAGUCUGGCUGGGAUGGGACGGCUGCCUCUACUGGUGGGACCUCUUUGUUAUCAGACGUCUGUGCUGUCAAAUACGACUGUAAAAUUCCAAUGCAUUUGUGGCUGAUGCUCUACAAAAUGAGUCGAGUGUGCUUGCCAAUUAGUAAACAUUCAAAUCAGCAUUUAUAUCACCAAAAUAUAUCCAGGAAAGUUGAACAGAGAAAUGAAAAUGUAAUGAAUCAAAGUAUUAUGUUUUCAGUCUUUAUUUUGAUUUAUUAUAUUCUCAUACCUCUGCACAAGUUUCGACAACAUUAUUUUUCUGGUAUAAGUGCAUAUUGGCAAACACAUACCUGACUACUACUACUACCACUACUACUGCUACUACUACUACUACUACAGAUCUCAGUGUUGUAAUUUAGGGGACCAACCUGACCUGUUCUUUUAUUACGACUAUUUAUGUAUUUUAUUUAAAUUAUUCGUACCGUCUUCCAUUCUUCCACUACCCGUUUAUUACUCCUCGUGUGGAUUACGUAGUCGCUCUGUCCAUCUGUCUUCCUGUCUGUCCCCAAUCCUCCUUCCUUCCCUCCUUCAUGCCUUCCCUCAUUAUUGUGUUUCCUGUGUUCACCUCCUUCUUUCCUUCUCUCAGCAUUGUGUUUCCUGUGUUCAUAGGGCGCCUGUUCUUACUAUGGGUCAAGAGGAAGUGUUGGCAGACAUGAAGAAGCAAUCAUGUGACCUUGGAGGGGAGUGGACUAGGUAUAAACGUAACAAAAAUAGAGAUCGGAACUUUUUGUCAACAAGAAAAUGAACUUGAAUACGAAAGCAGUUCCUCGCUACUCCCUAGAGGAUUGCCAACACUCACCUCCUCAGAACAAAAUAUGAUGGAUUGGUGAGUGAGUGAGUGAGAGGGAGGGAGUGGUGAGUGAGUGAGAGGUCUGGGGGAGGCCUCUCACCACCACCACCACCCUCAUCACCACCACUAUCACCAACAUUACAACACCAUCAUUACACAGGAGUUUUGCAGUGAUGAGCACCAAGUUCAAACAAAAAAAAACAAAAAAAAGUUGCAUAAUUUUUUUUAACUUCGAAAGCCAAAUUUUUCCUGCCUCCCUUCCCUUCUUCCGUCUCGAUGAAUGAGGAGGCGGGAAAACAAAGUGAAAAGCCUAGGAACUUUUGUAUUUAAUUUAUUUAUUUAAGACUUUUUAAUACCUGGUGAGCCACUGAACAUUUGCAUAACUCUGAACUUUUGUUUUCUUGUUAGUUAGUUAUUAAGAGUCAGACGAGACUGGCACCACCGGCACUGCCCUGGCCUGAGAGCGCCUCUCCCCGCACCUCUUGCAUUCCCCUUGAUUCACUCACU